AUGAAGUCGGGUGAAGUGGACGCAGUUGUGGAAAAACGACGAAUCCUUCUAUUUCCCGUCCAAGAAGACCCAAAUAGCGAACGGGUUUUCCGUUGGUACGUGGAGGCCUUCCGUCGGCCAGUUGACGAACUCAUUAUUCUCACCAUCGUUGAGCCCUGCCUGCAAAUUGGCGAAAUUCACGAAGACGAACUGGUCGGUGCCAGCGAUCCCCUGCUGGAAGUCGCCAUGAUGGCCGGCCGACGCGUUGUCCGCCGCUUCAUGAGGUGGGCGCGGGAGUUGAAUUUGUCCUGCCGAGGCCUCGUUCAACUCGACACCAGUCCGGGCCCGAGCAUAGUUAGAACGGCCAAGGAAAGAGGAGUCGACGCAAUCCUAAUGGGUUCUCGUGGAUGUUCGCAGAGGUCUGAAAAACAAAACGUUGGCAACGUGGCGGAGUACGUCUUGAGGAAUUGUCCGAAUAUCUCUAUUGCAAUCGUACCUGGAGCCGGAAUUGGUCGGAGGCAGCGCAGUGACAGUUUGUACAAGCAAUUUAUGGAAAAUUUGUUUUAG